AUGGACGACAAUGUUUUGAAGGGUCCUUCCCAUACCACCGAUACUCGCAACAGCAUCGAGUUAGCUAACUUGGAUGCUGCAAGCGAGAAACAUGGCACACAUGGCGAUGAAAAGGAUAUGGAACGUAUGGGAAAGAUUCCUGAGCUAAGGCGACAAUUCAAGUUCUUGUCCAUCUUUGGAUUUGCUGUAAUCCUUGGCAACACAUGGGAGUAUUCCCUGAUUGGUAUCGGCAUCUCUCUUUUCAACGGCGGCCCUGCAGGCGGCAUCUGGAUGCUUGUCGUUGUUUGUACUGGCAUGUUUUUCGUCAUGCUUUCCUUUGCGGAAAUGGUGUCGAUGGCGCCAACAGCUGGUGGUCAAUAUCAUUGGGUUUCCGAAUUGGCGCCGAGGAAACACCAGAAGUUUCUUAGCUACCUCGUUGGAUGGUUGUGUGUCAUAGGCUGGCAAGUCGGUAUGGCCAGUACGGCUUUUGCAGUCACACAACAGAUCCAAGGUCUGAUCGCCUUGAACAUGCCGUCCUACGUCAGUCAUGGGUGGCAUGGUACCCUGUUCUCUAUCGCUAUCACCAUAUGCUCGAUCGUUUUCAAUACCAUCUUGGUGAAGAAGCUGCCAUUGAUGGAAGGUAUCGCACUAGUCCUCCAUAUCUUUGGGUUCUUUGCCUUCUUGGUCGUUCUCUGGGUUAUGGGCCCGCGCUCGGAUACGAAGAAGACAUGGACUCAAUUUGAAGAUCCCAGCGGCUGGGGAAAUACCGGUCUUGCUACGAUCGUCGGCAUCCUGGGACCGAUUCUUACCCUAGGAGGUGCUGACUUGGCCGUCCAUUUGGCUGAAGAAGUCAAAGAUGCCGCCUGGGUCAGCCCGAGAGCUAUGGUAGCCACAUCCGUCGUGAACUACUCGUUGGCCUUCAUCAUGACAGUCACUGUCUUCUCGACCUUGGGUGAUGACAUCACAGUGCUUCUCUCCACUCCACUUGGUCAGCCAUGGAUUCAGAUUCUCUUGAAUGCGACCGAGUCUCUAGUGGCUACGAACAUCAUGACAGUAGUCGUGUGUCUAUUGCUCCUGUUCUGUUCGGUCAACCAAGUCACAGCAGCUUCGCGUCAGCUGUGGUCUUUUGCCCGGGAUCAAGGCCUUCCAUGCUCAGCUUGGCUUUCCUACGUGCCUCCCGGCUGGGAUAUCCCCAUCAACGCAGUGAUGCUCACACUUUUAUCGACAUCAAUUCUGUGUCUCAUCAUCAUCGGUUCGACCUUUGCUUUCAAUAUCAUUCUCUCGCUGAGCGCUGUCAGCAUCUUCAUUUCGAAUAUCAUCGUCAUCGGCUGCAUGUUGAGAAAGCGCAUUCUCGGAGAACCACUUCUUCCCUCUCGUUUCGACCUUGGUAAGGCGGGCAUCUUUAUCAACACUAUCGCUGUCUGUUAUCUUUCGCUUGCGGUCAUCGUAAUUCUGUUUCCGUCCGUGCCGAACCCGUCCCUGGCUGACAUGAAUUGGUCAUGCCUUAUGUUUGGUGGUCUUGUUAUGUUCUCGAUGGGUUAUUAUUUCCUUUACGGUAGACACAACUACGAUGGGCCAGUGGAGUAUGUGAAGAAAGAGUGGCCUCUAUCAGAGCGGCGGUAG